CUGCAGAACACACUGCCAGACAAUCAAUAAGGCAAAAUGACGUCUGCACGUCUCCAACUGUGACACAGGGCAGUAGACGCUGUGUCAUCAUGUGGUAGUGGUUGUGUCACACAUGAUGUGACGUGAAGCGCCCCGUUGCUGGGUUUGCUGUUUUGACUUAUAAGGACAUCCGCACGCACGGAGUUGUGCGCCUCUCCGGGAACAUGGCGGAGGCCGCCGGGGCUACAGUUCAGCAUCGGUUCUUUUGCCACUGCUGCAAGCGCGAAACGCAACCCCUACUCCCGGAUUUUGUCUGCCCCAGGUGCAAGUCUGAUUUUAUUGAGGAGGUGGAUGAUGACUCCAGACUAUUGGAGAACAACACACCAGACAGCAGUGAAGACUCAAACUCAUUGUUCUCAGAAUUAUGGCAGCUAUUGUUUAUGGAGCGCACUGCUCUGCUGUCGCACCCGCCAUCGUCAGAGUCAGAGCAGGAAGACAGCGAGAGGUUGCUUAGCACUCAAAGUCAUCUUCCUUUUGUUCCACUGGGCAAUGCUGAGGUCAGAGCACCGCAGGUUCUCUCUCUGCCCGGAGAGGAGAGCUCACCUCGACCUGAACAAAGACCUCAAUUGGAAGGGAUUGUGCACCACUACUUGACCAACCUGUUCACUACCAACGCAAACCCUGGCGCUGCACCUACUGCAUUAACAAGCAUGCUACAGUUGUACUCAAACCCUGCAGAUUAUGCUUGGGGUCAGGGAGGUCUGGAUACAGUCAUCACAGAGUUGUUAGGACAGUUGGAGAACACAGGUCCACCCCCCGCUGAAAAGAACAUGAUCUCAUCCUUGCCGACGGUUUACAUUUCUCAAGAGCAAACAGAGUGCAGACUGGAGUGUACAAUUUGUAGGGAGGAGUAUUCAUUAAGGGAAUCUGCCCGGAAGCUACCCUGCCUCCAUUAUUUCCACAGUGAAUGUAUCGUGCCAUGGCUGGAGCUGAGCCGCCUGCAUCGCAAAGCCCGACGCGCAGCCUUCGCAGAAGCUGUGACCGCCGAACGCGGCGCUUCAGCCAGUGUGGCUGAUUUUUGGGGCCUUGGUGGCAUAUAAGCAGGAGGUGGAGCCGAGCCAUGCUGCUUUUAGGGGUAUGUUCAAAGCCGCCGUAGUAGACGAUGAACACUAUCGAGACGAGACUGAGUGAGACAUUGUUGGCUGGGUGACGCGCACAUCGACACAUUUCAUACCGGGAUCUUUUGUUACGUUAUGAGAGAGACCGAUUACGUGGUCUGCCCCAAACUCAUUUUUUUUAGUAGCUGUAUACACACCUACCUGUUAUUUGGAACCCACGAAGCUCUCGUCUUCUGAACUCGUGCAAUCCAUUUUUCACAACGAACAGGGUGUCUUUCAAACUUAUGAUUGAUGAUUAAUUCCAGUCUCCCAAGUGUUCAAGCAAUGUCCAGCAAUGCAAUGAACAGGCAUUUUGACUAACAUGAAGGAACGAGCUACCUUCCCGGAGGUAAAACUAAUGGAAACAAAAGAGUACACUCGGGCGCCCCUGUCCUUUACAUCACUUUCUGCUUCUCGAAAACAAAUCCCUGAGGAUUUUCAUGGUGGGACUUACAGAAAGCUGUAUACGUGAAAAUCAUGUUUUGUGGUGAAAAAAACAUGGGACCAUAUUGGCUAUGCGUUUUUCAUUAAUAAUAUACCAAAAAUAAUCAAUUUCUUGACAGGCCCACUUUAAAUAAGUUCUUGCAGUGGGAAUAUCUUGCUCCUCCACAUAUGUGGUGUCAAAGUCGCUAAUGCCUCUUGCUGACGUUCCUCGAUGUUGCUGUUUUGUUUUUUUUCCCUUAUAAGUCCCCAAGAUCCCAAUCACCUUCACCGUGGUUGACUUAACCUGUUUUUAUAAAUGCCGUUUUUAACAAGCCCAUUUUCACAAAUUAAGGACUACAGAAUUCUGAGAUCAGUUUUGAAUUCUGGAGCGUAAAAGUAAAAAAGAUAAGUAAAUAAAGGUCCAGAUCUCUGAAAAAGCAACUAUCCCCACCUGUACACAUCAAAUAAGGCAGGUGGGAAACUUUGUGGUCAUCAACUACCAUGUAUUUGUAGUUUCAAAUAUUUAUGAGCUAUCAUUGAUGCUAAACUUGUUUUUCUCCGUACUCAACAUGAAUGUCGUACCAGAGAGACAAAUUCCUCAUGUUGUUACAUACUUGGCCAUUAAAUCUGUUUCUGAUUGUCGGCAAGCUUCUCAAACUGAUACUGCUGA